AAGGAACGGUAACCCUGGAACUUCGAUAAAAACACUUAAAGCACAGUUUUAGAUUAUUCAUCUUAUUGGCAUUUAAUUUAUUCCUUGCUAUGCAAAAUCGAAAUAAACUAAGUUUGAUUUUAAAUAUAGAAAUAGAUUUGUCCGCGUAAUGAAUAACAGUAAUAUAAAUAAUGAAACGAAUACAAGCAGAACUUUACCACGAUUGCAAUCAAAUGAUAAUGAUGUCAGUAUUUCCAACAUAACUACAGCUGAUGUUCACAACGUACCACGACAGGAUACACCUUUAAUUCAACAGUCUCUCGAAAAUAUUAGCAUUUCUAUAGGGGAAACUCCAUCAAACAAUUUAGAAUUAACAAAUGAAAGAAGAAAUUCACGUAAUAUAAUGGAGCAUUACGCCCGACUCUUAAGAGAACAAGUAGCAGAAGUCACUAGGAGUCGACUUGGUAAUAUUAUUACUGCAUCCGGAAGUAAUAGCUCAUCUGAUCAGCAAACAACCGGAAUUGGUUCAGGAACUAUCAGAUAUAAUAGAGUCCAUUCACUACCCAAUUCACUAGGGAAUUUAAAUAAUGUUUUAUCACCUGAAGUUUUACGAUCUUUUUCUGCAACAAAUAAUUUCGAAGAGACGACUCGACAUACUCAUGGAAGUGCUGUCAAUAAUCCAAUUAUGUUUACUUUAACUGACCGUAAUGCCGAUGUUCAUACAAACUCCAUUUUAGCGCGACCGCACGCUACGAGGUUAUCAAGUUUAGCGAUUGACCAUCAUAACAAUUUCCGCAAUAAUAUUGCAACGAAUGAUGUCAACAGCUUUACAACUUCGUCAAAUCCAUUGCAUCAAAUAAAUAUAAGAAGGGAUGAGGUAGAAGCAAGUGGAAGUAUUUCAACAGAUCAACAAACAUUUAACAUUCCUGUAAUUCCAACAAGAGGCACAGAAGAGACAGCAACUUCAACAAAUGAAUUGUAUAACACUGGUUACCCGGACAUAGUUAUUACAACCAUUCGUCACUGUCUUCACUAUAUACCCUUUGCAUGUAUAUUGUUCGUAAAAUUUAUUUAUGACCAUUCACUUGCAAUAUUGGAUAUAAUAACAUUACAAUUUGUUAUGUAUUGCGUUAACAAAUCUUUGCAAGCUCAAGUAAUAAGGCUUGAUCAAAAGAAGAACUUGAUAAUUAUACGUGAUCUACUAUUGGUUGUUACUGUAAUUACAAUACGAUUAUUGGCAACAUCGGCUCCACCAGAUCCUUUCAGUUUGCUAAUAGCGCCUCCAGCAAGCGAACGGAGCAUUAUUCAUACUCUUCCUCAGGAUACGAACACUCAUACGACAGAUUCGGCGAAUACAAUUGAAAAGACAAUUAUUAUACCGAAAAUAAUAUCACUAAUAGCAGUUAUAUACUAUAUCGCCAUAAAUGAUCUCCUUCUUAAAUUGAUCACUAUUGCAAUUAAAUUGGUCGUUACUCUCAUACCACUGCGAGCCAUACAACAUAAGACCAGGACACGAUUAUAUGUCUUUAUUGAAUUUUUUUCCCAAUUUUAUCGGUCUUUGGUUCCCAUUCGUCAAUGGUUGUUAUUCCUUUUCGAGUCAUAUUCCGGUUUACACGCUAUUUCAGGUGUGAUGUUUUCUUCUACUUAUAUAGUACUCAAAGGAUGUGAAUUAGCGGAUCGCGGUAAAACACUGAAGAAAUCGUUCAUUAGUUUAUUGAAGGAUGUAAAUAAGUUAGGAAAGCCGGAAAAAGACAAUUUUGAUACCUCCGAUGAGCUUUGCGCCAUUUGUCAAGAUGCAUACGUCUCGCCGGUGGUGCUAGAAUGUGGACAUAUUUUCUGUGACAACUGUGUUACCACAUGGUUUAAACGAGAGCAAACAUGUCCAAUGUGUCGUGCGAAAGUGGGAGAUAACCUAGCCUGGCACGAUGGCACCACAACGUUCUUUUACCAGCUUUAUUAAUAAUUGAUCUUAUAGAGUUAUCGAAUAAAAUUUAAGUUAAAGUUGAACAAACUCUUUUAAUGUUUCUAUUGCUGGUCAUGGAUAACAUUUCUUCAAUGGGAUAGGAAAGAAUCUUUAAAUUUGGUUUUUACGGUUUUUUUAUUUUGCCAAUUGUAUGUUUUUGAAAAAUGAGUCCAUCGGUUUGCGUUGCCAUAGUAUUAAUUUUAGCAUGUCGCUCCUUGCUCACAAUUUCUUCCAUUACU